UUUUCGUCCGUCUCUUUCUCUAUUUUCGAUGUGGGACUAAACUCACGACAUUAGCAGUUCACUCUCUUCAACUUCAUUCCAAAAUCUCCAUUUCAUUUCCUCUUAUUCUUGGCCGAGUCAUGAAGGGCUUGUUGCGAUAUUUCACCAAGCUUGGAGGUGUAAGGGGUUAUUCAGCAGUUAGUCGCGGAGGGUUGCGGCUUGAGGGAGUUAAGGAUGUUAUAGCUGUGGCUUCUGGUAAAGGUGGCGUUGGCAAGUCCACCACUGCAGUCAACUUGGCUGUGGCACUUGCUCGGAAUUGUCAACUGAAGGUUGGUUUGCUUGACGCUGAUGUUUAUGGACCAUCUAUUCCUACCAUGAUGAAAAUACAUAGAAAGCCAGAUGUAGAUGGAGAUUCAAAGAUGAUUCCAAUUGAAAGCUAUGGAGUUCAAUGUAUGUCAAUUGGAUUCCUUGUGGAGAAGGAUGCCCCUAUUGUGUGGAGAGGUCCCAUGGUUAUGAGUGCUCUUCAGAAAAUGACGAGGGGCGUUAGCUGGGGCAAUCUUGAUGUUCUUGUGGUGGAUAUGCCCCCAGGAACUGGUGAUGCUCAGUUAACUAUGUCCCAGAAUCUGAAACUGUCUGGUGCAUUGAUUGUAUCAACUCCACAAGAUGUUGCAUUGAUUGAUGCUCGCAGAGGAGUUCAAAUGUUCUCUAAAGUUGAAGUUCCAAUUCUGGGAAUGGUUGAGAACAUGAGUUACUUCAAGUGUCCACACUGUGGUGAACCUUCGUUCAUUUUUGGGAAAGGGGGAACUCUCAAAACUGCAAAUGAGAUGGGUUUGAAACUUGUUGGUGAGAUUCCCAUAGAAGUGGAAAUAAGAGAAGGUUGUGAUGAAGGCGUCCCUGUUGUCGUGUCAGCACCUGAUUCGACCGUUUCCAAAGCCUAUGGAGAAGUGGCUCAAAAAGUUGUCAGCAGACUUGAGGAAUUGGCUAACGAAAAAGAGAAUGGUCCGGAGAUUAUCCUUUGAAAUUAUGCCGCAGUGACAGUGAACCACAAUUUUCACGCUCACAUACUGAGCAUUGGCAUCAUCUAGCAUCCAUACCCAUUUGACGAUUAAAUAUGGGACCACACUGAAUAGGUGGCUCAGUGAAUGAAUUAUCAUCCGCAGCAGUGGCAGCGCUUGUUGCUGUUUUUGUUACUUGUAGUGUGGAGAUUUAAAUUUGUAACACUCGAAGUUUUACGGAGAGGAGUAUGGAUAAACCAGGGCUGGUUGCACCAAAUGCCAGAGCCAAGAGCAGCCAACUUAUGAUGAAUUUGCGAGAUAAUGAUGUAGAUUGUGAUCACUUAACAGUUAUUUAUCCAGAAAGAUCCAGUUACAAUUUGCCCAUUUGUAAUAAGGAUCUAUUCUGUCAAUUAACAGCAUUGAUUGGAUCAGCGAAUCCUGUGCAGGACGUCUGCCAGAGUUUUGGCAUGUUGUACAUUGGUACCUUACUGGGCAUUCAUUUCAAAUGAGAAAGCUUCAUCCUUUCUU